GUAAAUAGUAAUCAUCAUUGUAUCUAUCCAUCGUCAUUUCUACCUUGUCCUCCAAGUCUCCCAAACAAUGAGAAGAUAGGAAUUGAAUUGGAUCCGACAUACCUUACCUGGCACAAUAUACGAUCCGGAUCAGGAUUCUUGAGCUCUCUCUCGCCCAGGAUGCUGUUCGGCUUGCUCAGUCGUGGCGUCUCGUUCACGCCCGAGACUGACAUUCCGUCGCUGGAGGGGAAGGUGGUGCUGGUGACUGGCGGGAAUGUCGGACUAGGUAAACAGACCGUCCUACAACUCGUCAAGCACAACCCGGCGCACAUAUAUCUAGCCGCCAGGAACGAAGCCUCCGCCCAGAAAGCGAUUGCAGAGAUCGAGACGGCAGUCCCAGGGUCUGCAUCCCGGAUCCGAUACAUCCACUGCGACCUCGCGGAUCUGGCCUCGGUCAAGACCGCCGCGCGCUCGUUCCUCGAGGCUGAGAAGGAGAGGGGAGGCGGAGAAGCACGCCUGGAUCUCUUGUUUCUUAAUGCUGGCAUCAUGGCCACGCCCGCUGGCCUCACUGCCGAUGGCUACGAGAUGCAAUUCGGAACCAACCACGUGGGCCAUUUCCUCCUCAGCAAACUCCUGUUGCCGACCCUCGUGACGACUGCGAAACUCCCGGGGGCCGACGUGCGUGUUGUUAGUCUGAGCAGUAUCGGACAUAUCUUCGCCCCGUCCUCUGGAAUCUCCUUCGAUGAGCUGCGCACCCCGAUGAGCUCGUCACUGACACUGACGCGCUACGGCCAGAGCAAGUUGGCGAAUAUCCUCUUUGCGAAGGAGCUGCACCGGAGGUAUCACGAGCAGGGGAUCACGGCCGUGGCGGUGCAUCCGGGGGUGGUGAACACGGAGCUCUACAGGAAUGCCAUCUCGAACUGGCCGCUGGGGGUGGGGAAGGUGAUAGAUGUGGCGCGGGGCACAGUAUACACGAGUGUGGAGGAUGGGGCGAAGGGGCAGUUGUGGGCAGCGACAGGCCCUCUGCGGGGAGGGGGAAGCAAAGAGGGGAAAGGGGAGGUGGUGAGCGGGGAGUAUUAUACGCCGGUGGGUGUUCCUGGGCAGGGAAGUCGGGCAUCGAUAGAUGCAGAGCUGGCUGUGAAGCUCUGGGAUUGGAGUGAGAAGGAAGUCUCGGCGUACGAGUUAUGAUUAGUUUAGUGUCGAGCAGUUGUAUGGUACUAUACUGGGCAGAGCAGAGCAGAAGAGAGAUCUGGAACCCACGGGGAAGACGGAAAGAAGCAAAAGAGAGACUUGUGAGAGAGCAAGACAUAUGAUUCUAGGCGUAGAUUAUUCUAAACGUAAAACUGCCUCAGAUUUUCCUUGAUUAUCUACCAAAUAUGGAACCCGCG